UCACAUGACCUGGUGAUGUCACGCCGACGUCAUGGUGCACGUUAGCUGAAACGGAGUAUUGGCUGCUGCUUCUGCCAGUAGUAGUCUGUCACUGGGACGAGUACUGGAACCAAUAUGGCGGUUAUCGGCUUGCUGUCACGGGCCGCAGCGCUUCGAGCAUUCACCUCGUUCGGUACCCGUUCACAGUUUCGGAGCGCAUAUAGUUUAGACAAGUUAUACCCGGAUAGCUUGUGCAGGACUGCGGAGGAGAAAAUAGAGGAUCACAAAGACAUUCCCAUUGAUCGUUUGAGUAUCUCCUACAGCAGGAGUAGUGGACCCGGAGGCCAGAACGUCAACAAAGUCAACACAAAGGCUGAAGUUCGUUUUCACUUAUCCUCAGCUGACUGGAUUCCAGAAGAUGUCAGGCAGAACAUUUCUGUACAGUAUAAAAAUCGCAUAACUCGAAGUGGAGAGCUAAUUGUCGUAUCACAAGUGAGUCGGUACCAGAUGCGCAACCUGGCAGACUGCCUGGAUAAAAUCCAAAAUAUGAUUUCUGAGGCCAGCCAGAAGCCAAAGCCUGAAACAGAAGAUGAUCUUAAAGUUCGGCAGAUCAGAUUUGAAGCCAUGAACCAUGAACGCCUGCGUCAGAAGAAAAUCCAUUCUAGCAUAAAACAGAGUCGGCAUAUCAGCCUGGACUGACUAUUCGCAACAUAAGUGGUCAAGGGAUGGACACAGGAGUCCUAACUUGUGUACAAUUGGUGACUUCAAUACUGUAUUUUCACAAGCCUAAAGUUCUAUUACCAUAUGAUGCAUGAGGCUAACUGGGUGAUAAAAUGACAUGGCACAUGGUAGCUGCUACUUGGAGCAGGAUAGCAGCUUUGCUUUUUUCUUUUAUAAUAGCUGCAAAUGAUUUAAUAAUUCUCUGUACAUAGAGCUGAUGUCCAGAUUGUUAAUAAAAGGUGUGAAAUGCAGAAAGUUUAUAGCUCAAGAUACAAUCUUAUAAAUGAACCAUGCCAAAUAAAAGGAUGGUAAUGAUAUCAAAUCAAGAAAUUACUAAUUUCUGCCCUUGAUUUAGCUGGUUUUCCAAAAGUUCUACUCACGUAGAAUUUAACUCAAAAGCCUUUGUCUAUCACAAACAUACUGACUGUUGCUUAGUUAAAAAUAAUAUUUUCAAAGGAAAGGGGAAUUCUCCUGCACUGGGUAUAGUGGAUAAAUUAUUGAUACCGACGCAAUUUCCAAAAUCAUGUAUGUAUAUAGAUAAUUAAAAGUGUGGAAAAAGCUGUCAUCAAA